AUGGGGAAGAAGGAGAGAAAGGAGUACAUGUUGAGGAAUGGAGGGUUGUUAUUGCAGAAGAGAAUUUCUUAUUUUAAUGGCAAAUACUCCAAUCCCAUGCGUAGCUUUUCAGCCAAAGAGCUUCAAAAAGCUACUGACAAUUACAAUCAUGGGAAUCUAAUUUUUACAUGUUUGUCCCGUUUCAAAUGGUAUAAAGGUUGUUUGGAAGGUCGAGUGGCUUUUGUGAAGAAGUAUUUUGAUUAUUCCAUUGCAACACAUUCUCGUGGUUUUUUGGCUGAUCCUGAGAUGGUUACUAAUGAAAUGUCAGUUGCAGCACAAGUAGGCGGGCAUAAGAAUAGUUUGAAGCUUUUGGGAUGUUGCUUAGAAACACAAAUCCCCACUUUAGUUUUCGAAUUUCUAAUGAAUGGAAAUCUUGGGGAUCAAUUGAGAUCCAAUCCAACUUGUUUACCGUGGAAGAGUAGAUUAAAAAUUGCAAAUGAGAUUGCUUCAGUGCUUACAUAUCUCCAUACUGCGUUUCCCAGGCUAAUCAUUCAUAGAGAUAUAUGUCCUGGGAAUUUCUACUUGGACCAAGACUUGUGUGCCAAGCUCUCUGAUUUUACAUUAUCUAUGGCACUCCCUGAGGGCGAAACACAAGUACAGAGUUUACGUUUUUCAGGGACUGUAGGAUAUCUAGCACCUGAAGUAUUGCGGCUAUGUGUGUAUUCAGAGAAGAGUGAUGUUUUUGGCUUUGGCUUGCUUUUAUUCGACCUUCUUACGGGAAAGGACUAUCGUGAAUUAGUCUUGUCCAAAAGGUUCCAUGGACAAUCUAAAGGAGGAUUAUCUGAUGGACUGCAUACAAUCCUAUAUCAGAAAUCAUGGAAUUAA